CCCCAACUGCUGUUUACAACGGAAGCGGGGCGCCGGGAGGAGGCCUGGCCCCCUCUGCGGGAGGCUCUCCGGGUCCUGGGGGAGCGCCCACCCAUGGGGGUCUUCGCAGCAGCGGCAGCGCCCUCCCACCCUGGGGCGCCUCUCCGGGCACCGAAGGGCUUGGUGAUUCGGAAAUGAAUGAGCAAUUAAAUGGCUUCUGGCUGUACCCCACAGCAUCUUUCACUGUAGUAAGGCGGUAGCGGUGUGCCAGACUAGGUUAACCACUGUCCCUGCUCGAUCUCCCUUCCCGAGACCCCUCAGGUCACCCAGCCAGCAAAGAGGCAGAAUCGGACUCCAGACCCCUUGUGCAAGUCCCCCCAAUGCCUGACAUGACACAGGGAUUCAGCGCUAGCAAUAGUGAAUAAACUGAGAAUGUCUGAAAACCUUGACAAAUCCCAUAUAAAUGAAGCAGGAAAAUCAAAGUCAAAUGAUUCUGAGCAAGACUUGGAAGGUGCUCUGGAAUGUUCUGAUGAAGUUUUACAGAAAAAAAUAAAUUCGGACUCUGCUAGUCCACAAAGAGUACAAAGACCUCACUCCAGUCCUCCUCAGUUUGUGACAGUAGAAGAACUUCUAGAGACAGCAAAAGGAGUCACCAACAUGGCUCUAGCUCACGAAAUUGUAGUCAAUGGAGACUUUCAGCUUAAACCAGUGGAAUUACCAGAAAACAGCUUGCAGAAGAGAGUAAAAGAGAUUGUACAUAAAGCUUUUUGGGAUUGCCUGAGUGCCCAGCUAAGUGAAGAACCCCCAACAUAUGACCACGCCAUCAAACUUGUAGGAGAAAUCAAAGAGACGCUCUUAUCUUUCUUGCUGCCUGGUCACACUCGAUUAAGAAACCAGAUAACCGAAGUCUUGGAUCUGGAUCUGAUAAAGCAAGAAGCAGAAAAUGGAGCCCUAGACAUUUCCAAACUGGCAGAAUUCAUUAUUGGCAUGAUGGGGACACUGUGUGCACCCGCUCGAGAUGAGGAAGUUAACAAACUAAAGGACAUUAAGGAAAUAGUGCCCCUUUUCAGGGCAAUUUUUUCUGUGUUGGACCUAAUGAAAAUGGACAUGGCCAACUUUGCUAUCACUAGCAUUCGGCCCCACCUCAUGCAGCAGUCGGUUGAAUACGAGAGGAAGAAGUUUCAGGAGCUUUUGGAGAAGCAGCCAAAUUCCCUGGACUUUGUUACCCAGUGGCUAGAAGAAGCCUCAGGUGACCUCAUGACUCAGAAGUACAAGCAUGCCCUGAUGGCUGCGGGAGGGGCCGCCGGCUCUGGGGAUGCUCCUGUGCUGACCCGGGCGGCUGUCCAGAAUUAUGCAUACCUGAAGCUUCUGAAAUGGGACCAUCUCCGGAAACCGUUCCCUGAGACGGUUUUGAUGGACCAGUGUCGCUUCCAAGAGCUCCAGGUGCAGCUGGAGCAGCUGACCAUCCUAGGAGCUGUGUUACUGGUGACAUUCAGCAUGGUAGCCCCUGUGAUUUCCAGCCAGGCCGACUUUGCUGAGAAGCUCAAGAUGAUUGUAAAGAUUCUGCUAGCAGAUAUGCACCUGCCCUCGUUCCAUCUGGAGGACGCCCUCUCCUCCACGGGGGAGAAGGUGUGCCUGGAGGUGAGCAGCCGCCUCUCCCUGUGCGGCUUCUCCCCCUUCUCCACGGACAAGGAGACUGUGCUCAAGGGCCAGAUUCAAGCCGUGGCCAGUCCUGAGGACCCCAUUCGCAGGAUCAUGGAGUCCCGGAUCAUCGCCUUCCUGGAAACCUACCUGGCCUCUGGUCAGCAGAAGCCAUUGCCCACCGUGCCUGGGGGACUGAGUCCUAUUCAGAAAGAGCUGGAGGAGGUUGCUGUGAGGUUCGUUCGCCUGGUCAACUAUAACAAGAUGGUCUUCUGCCCCUACUAUGAUGCAAUCCUCAGUAAACUCCUCCGAGCCUAACUGUGCAGCCCUCCAGCGGCAAUAUUAGCUACUCUUCUCAGAAUACCUGUUCUCAACUAUACCGUUGCUUUGGAAAAUGGCUAUGUAGUACAUUGCUAUUUAACAGCACUGAUUCCAAAGGAAGGAGACUACCUAUCACUGUUGAAAAGACUUGUAAGAAUGCAUUGAAUCCUAUUUUGAGAGAUUGUAUUUAUGAGUGCAAGUUUACAAAUCAAAGCUUUUUGUUAUCUUAAGUUUUAUAGAUAACACUCAGCUUUUAGCAGCUGACUGCCUCUGUCUCUAUUCCUACCCCUUGGUGAUUGUAGCUGCCAUGUUCUCCCAAGAAGGUGGGACCUCUCUCUUCUGAGCAGUUCUUUCAAAUUCCCCAUGCUGACAGCCACAGAGUCCAAGGGACUAAGCCAUGACUUUACCUCUUUUCCCUCCCUGGAAGAGCCUUCUAGUCCUCUUCCCCCACCCCCCGCCCAUAUAUUUCAUGUUAGAACGGUUACCUGUAGUCUGACUGCCCCUCUUCUCCUAUCUUCUCCUUCCUCUGUGCCUGGAGCCCUUUUGUUCUAGAGCAGACUGUUCUGUUGGGCUGGGGAUACAGUGCAGUGGUUUAGUGUGAACAAAGCCCUGAGUUCGAUUCCACAGCCACACAAGCUGGGUGUGGAGGUACACACCUGUAAUCCUAGCACUUGGGAGGUUGAGGCAGGAGGUUAGUGAGUGCAAGACAAGUCUGGGCUGUAUGCUGAGAUCUUAAUUCAAACACAAAGCAGUAACAGUAAAAAAGAAUGGGAUCUUAAAAAAAAAAAAAGAAAUGGUUUCAUCUUUAAACCAUAAAAGUUAUUGGAGAAAAGCUUAGAUAUAUGUAUAUAAUUAAGUGUAAUAGGAAAGAAGA